CCAAGAUUGCUGUGUUGCCUCCCCCCUCUCGCUGAGAGUAUAUGAAUAUCGUUCCCUCUUGCCAUCACCACAAAGAACUGGAUCCCCUUCCACUGUACACAUCUUCUUUCUGUUUCUUUCUACACUCGUGGUCAUUCACGUAUAACCUCCAAUCAGCCUCCCAUCUUCACUGCUCAAAGUCCCACCAAAAUGCAGCUCUCUCAGAUUACCUACACCCUCCUCCUCGCUGGUGCCGUCUGGGCCCAGAGCGCUGGCAUCAGCAUCAACACCCCUACCGGUUCGCUGAUCGUGGGCAUCCCGGUCCAGAUCACCUUCUCGGGUGGCCAAAGCCCUUACACGCUUCUUGUAAACGACUACACUGGCGGCCAGAGCAACGGACUCCUCGACACCAUCCAGAGCAUCCAGAGCAGCCCUUACACCUUCGUACCCACCUCCGGUGAGGUCGGCAAGCAGCUCCAGUUCGACCUCAGGGACGCCAACGGUGCACAAGCCCAGUCUGGCGCGACCUCUGCUAAGGUCGUUGCUUCCAACAGCUCUUCCGGCAGCAGCAGCUCUUCCUCCAGCUCCACCAGCGCUUCAUCGAGCACUGCCAGCUCAUCCACCGCUUCAUCCAGCACCAAGCCUUCCUCCUCGGCUUCCAGCAGCAGCAAGCCCAACAGCGCGGCUUCCCUCCGUGGUGCCGCUGGUGCCGUCGCUGGUGUUGUUGGUAUGGCUGCUGCCGCACUCUUCUAA